AGUCAAUCCAUGUCCACAUCGCAUUCCGAUCAUUGUUGAUCUAUUGUAAUUCUACGCAUCAGUGCGGUCCAGGUUCAAGACGCCGCAUUCGCCGUAGAAGUGCAGCGCAAAUAUAGCGCACAGAAAUCGCCUCAGCGCAAUCCAGAACACUCGCUCUAUCCUCGAAGGUUCGCCAGCGACUUCAACCUCACCCUUGAUCGGUCGAAUUCACGCAAGAACUCUUUUCGAACGAACAACGCAUUACAUCUUUCGCUAUGGCCUCGGGCCUUACUCGUCGCCGUGGUGCGGGUGGCGCAGGAUCCGGCGAGAACGGCGGAGGCAGUGAUGAUGUCGGCCGCGUCUCAUCUCCUGCUCCACGAAACAACAACUCAGAUGUGAGGUCGCCCGAGACAUCCUACGAGAGCGGCGAGAACGGCCAUCGGAUCGCCUUCGACCCUCGCGACAUUUCAGAGAGUGCUGAGCGCUCCAAGCAACCCAAAUUGACGUUGAUGGAGGAGGUUCUGCUCAUGGGAUUGAAGGAUAAGCAAGGAUAUCUAAGCUUCUGGAACGACAAUAUUAGUUAUGCGCUACGAGGAUGUAUCGUCAUCGAGCUGGCCUUCCGGGGAAGAAUCGCCAUGGAAAAAGACAGCAACAGGAGGCGCUUCCCACUUGCGGAUCGCACAAUUGAGGUUGUGGACGAUAGCCUGACGGGCGAAGUAUUGCUGGACGAGGCGCUGAAGAUGAUGAAGAGCUCGGAGAAGAUGAGUGUGGCUUCAUGGAUUGACCUCAUGUCCGGCGAGACAUGGAACCUCAUGAAGAUCGGUUACCAGCUCAAGCAAGUUCGUGAGCGACUCGCGAAGGGUCUUGUCGACAAGGGCAUCCUUCGCACCGAGAAGCGCAACUUCCUCCUCUUCGACAUGGCUACACACCCCGUCGCCGAUGGCGGUCCUAAGGACGAGAUCCGCCGACGAGUGCGCGCCGUGCUAACCAACCGCACCGUUGUCCUCCCUGCGACUCCAUUCUUCCCCGACGAGAUGGAGUUCCGAUACACGCGCACCAUCGCAAUGCUCUGCGCAGCCUAUGCAGCAAAUGUGUUGGAAAAUGCGCUGACAACCCUCUCACAUGAGGCGCGCGAGCGCGCCUUUGCUCAGGUCGAUGAACUUCUCGCCGAGUACUCGCAAUGGCCCUUCGCCAAGCGAACAGGUGGUUCGAAUGCAGUUGGUGCCAAUCUGGAGCAGGUCAUUCGUGACGAGAUCAAUGGCUCUGACAAGGAGUUGUCCCUCGAGGUUGUUGCUGCUUGUCUCAGCGUCUUCACCCGUCUCGAUUCGCUGAUCUAAUUCACUUUCAAGAGGCGCCCUUGCUUGGGCAGUCUACACUGGGAUAUUUUCACCCGGGCGAAGUAUAAGGACGAUCAAUGAUGGAUGUCUUGAUGCGAGUUGUUUUUAAUCAUCACCUGCGAGGUCGUCCCUUUCUCACGAAUCCGCUUUUGUUCUGACGCCGGUCCUCACUACAAAGCCAUCUGAGCGGGCCCACACCGUUCUUGCUACGAUGGGACGAUCACAAUGCGACCAGCACUAUUCAAUAUACCUAGGGAUGUGUCCGUUGGCGCAUGAAGGCGUUCGGCGCACCUCACGUGGUAGUAUCUCUCCAUUGUGCGGCUUUUCCCUUGCACGCGUUCGAUAUUCUAACUUGAUGAAAGAUAACUAUCGUUGGCUGUAAUUGCAUCGUCUCUCGUUCCACGU